AUGUCGACUCUCCCCCGUACUUUGAGCAACCUGCGCAAGGUUGGCAUCAAGGAUUACUUCCGCCAAAUGCUGUACAUCGGCGACACCAAAUAUGGUCGCCUAGUAGGCACCGACCGUGCCGGCAACAAGUUCUUUGAAAACAUGGAAGAAUUGCCCCUCCGUACCCGCUGGGUCGAAUACGCGAAGCACGACUACGAUGCCGCUCAGAUUGAGCCCGGCUGGCACGCGUGGAUGUCAUAUAGUGUGGACAAGCCGCCUACCGAGGAUGCAUUGAUGGUUACGGGUCUACGAAAGUUUGAAAAGCCUUACGCCAUUCCCAAUUACACACAGACCAGGGCUGCGUUCAAGACGUACAGCACAACUAAGCCUAAGGUUUCGGCAUGGGAGCCGGUGGCUGCGCCGCGGACGUAG